AUGAAUUGCGAACACAAUUCCGAUUUUUUAUCGACCAUUGAGGAGAAAUAUUUCGCACACCCAUAUCACUGGAUCAUCAUUGAUACCACUAACGAUUCGAUUCAAAACUUGACAUUUUUACCGGAUAGCAACAUAAUACUCGCCAAUAAGGACAGAAAUUCAGACCGAUAUACUUUAAAACAAGUGUAUAAAAUUGCAAAGGAAACACCGCUACUCUAUGAAGACUUCGGUAUAUGGAACCAAAAAGAAGGUCUCAUUGAUUUGCGUACAACUCGCAUUCUUUCUCGAAGACGCCGUAACUUGCAAGGCCAUCAGUUCAAAGCUUCAGCUGCAUUGCCGACAGAAGGAUCUGAAAUCCACACAGAUUUGGAUGAUUAUCAAUACAAAGACCCGAAAACAGGUGAAAUUACAGGAAUGUGUGGCCGAUUACAGAGAAAAGAAGUUGACAUUGGCGCUUCCGUCGUUCUCAUGACGAUUGAACGUGUCGAAUAUCUUGAUUACCUUUCGAUGGAAGUGCCUACGGAGUUUGCUUUCAUGUUGCGACCACCUCCGAUUUCAUACGUUUCAAAUAUUUACUACUUACCAUUCACUGGGCUCGUAUGGAUCUGUUCAAUAUUGUUGGUGAUUCUGUGCACGUUCAUCGUUACUCUAACGUUGAAAUUUCGUUUGAUGCCCGACGAAGGAACCGACCAUAUGACAACAUCAGACUACGUUAUAUUUGCUACUGCAUCAACUUGCCAAAUGGGCUCGGAGUAUUUAACUAAAUUUGUGUUUUUUACGGCUAUGCUAUUUCUAUACACUUCGUUCACGGCAAACAUAGUUGCAUUGCUUCAAUCGACAACAAAAUCGUUUCGAACGAUUUCCCAUUUGCAAAAUCCAGCAAUCGAAGUUGGAGUGCAUGAUACGCCAUACAAUCGGCAUUUCUUCAAAAUGGAAAAUGAAGCAACUCGUAAGCUCUUGUACGACACGAAAAUCGCUCCACCGGGAAAACCAGACGCUUUCAUGAAUAUAUCGUACGGCGUAAGUCGAAUGAGAGAAGGAAUGUUUGCAUUUCACUCAGAAAUCAGCCCAAGCUAUACCGAAGUUGAGAGAACAUUUUUUGAAAAUGAAAAGUGUGGCAUUGUUGAGAUUGACUUUUACGGUAUGGCCGACACCUGGUGCGUCAUUCAAAAGCGUUCACCGUAUAAGGAAAUUCUGAAAGCAAGAGAAAUUCCUCAAAUCGAAAUUCAACAAUAUUUGCACAUCAAAGUUGGAAAUGUGCAGAGAACAAUUGACAUCCCCUGA